GCGGAACACACGGUGGCUUCGUCGGUCGGGGCGCACACGUUACCGAACCGCGCGGCCACUCGAAACGCAUCAGACGCUGCACGCGGCUCCCGUCCGGCAGUACGACGCGACGACGUAGUUAUAAUUUAUUGUACUCGCGAUAUUGAGAAUAAUAUGAAUUAUACCUAAUUCAGGUUAUUUGUUUUUCUUAUUUUUCAUCAUCGUUAUUAUUUAAGCUCUCGAAGAUCGAAUAGUUUUCUCUCGUCGAGUAUAUAAUAAUAUAAUACGUAUUUUUUUUUUCGCUUUUUCGGUUUCGUUUUUUUCACUUAUAACAUAUAUAUAUAUAUAUCAUAAUUUAUUUACCGCAGUGAUGAUUAAAUCGGAUUGACAGUGGUCUCCACACGUGAAAAUCCAGUAAAUAUAAUAUUUGUUACAUCGGAUUAUAACGUCGUUCAGUGCGUGGGUUUGUUUUUUUUUUUAACUUCAACACAGUUCCUUCAAGCAUGUUACAAGGCAUUACAAGAUCCGAACAAUCGGGCUUACUGCCUCAUCAUCACCACCAUCACCACCAUCACCAUCACCAAUCGUUGACCGCCCACCAUGGGAUCGGCACGGGAUCAGCUUGGCCGCCUAACCAUCAUGACGAUCUCGCACAUAAAGUUGGUAACACUGCUGAUUACGAUGGUAGGAUUAUUGCAACGCGUGAAUUAGACUUGGGGCACAGUGGCGUUAAUCAACUUGGCGGAGUUUUCGUUGGUGGCAGACCGUUACCAGACUCGACACGACAGAAGAUCGUCGAACUAGCCCAUUCUGGAGCCAGACCCUGUGACAUAUCGAGAAUCCUACAGGUAUCCAAUGGAUGCGUGUCAAAAAUCUUAGGAAGGUAUUACGAGACCGGCUCUAUCAGGCCCAGAGCGAUUGGUGGUUCGAAGCCCAGGGUAGCUACAGCUGAAGUGGUGUCUAAGAUAUCUCAAUACAAACGCGAAUGUCCGUCCAUAUUCGCUUGGGAAAUUCGUGAUCGGCUGCUACAAGAAGGCGUGUGUUCUAACGACAACAUACCUAGCGUGUCUUCAAUCAACCGCGUGUUACGCAAUUUGGCGGCGCAAAAGGACCAGCAAACACCGGCGUCCGUGUCGCCGACUUGCAGCAGCACGGACGCCGUGUACGACAAGCUGAGACUGUUGAACGGUCAGGCGGCGGCGGCCGGCUCAUGGCCCAGACCCAAUCCUUGGUACCCACCAGCAUCUGGCGAUAACCCGUUCGGUCCGCUGCAACCGACCGGCCGACUGAGUCCGAACGCCGCCAAUUGUACCGUCUUGCCCGACAUACUCGACAAAAAAGUUUUAGACUUGGACGGAGGAAUGGGAUCUGAUGAAACGUGCACGUCCAUCGGAGAUAACUCCAACCACGACGGUUCUUUGAUCGGUGGAGCCAACGGAUCGGCCAACGACGACGACCAAGCGCGACUCAGGCUGAAGAGAAAACUGCAAAGAAACCGUACAUCGUUCACCAACGACCAGAUAGAUAGUUUGGAAAAAGAAUUCGAACGGACACAUUAUCCAGAUGUAUUCGCUAGAGAAAGACUCGCUGGGAAAAUCGGAUUGCCGGAAGCAAGAAUACAGGUAUGGUUUUCGAACCGCCGGGCCAAGUGGCGACGAGAAGAAAAACUGCGCACCCAACGGCGUCCAAACUCCAACCAAAACCAAUCGAUGGACCCGCAAAAUCAACAACAGCAGCAACAGCAGCAGCAGCAACAGCAACAGCAACAGCAGCAGCAACAACAACAAUCAUCUCCGAACAGAAUGAAUGGUUUUGCAAACAAUCCAGAUACCAAUCCAAAUAUGUACACAACUAUCGGCAACCACGACACGUUUAGUCCGAUGUCGAUGAAUUUCGGGAUGCCUGGUGGCAACAACGAGAACGGUCUGUCGCUGCCAAUCAUGGGCGGCCACCACGCCAUGGCCGGCGGCGGCGGCGGCGACCAGCGGGACGCGUACGGCUGCAUGUCCAGGCCGACGUACGACACGUCGCCACCGCUGGCCAUCGGCGCGCCCGGUUACCUGAGGCCGCCCGUGUCGCCCACGUCCAACAACAGCAGUCCGCCGACACACCACGCGGCCGCGGCCGCAGCAGCCGCCGCCGCCGCUUACCAUCACCAUCCGCCACCCAUCAACGGACACCAUCCGCACCACCACGCGCACCACCAAUACAACAUGAACGGCUCAAAUUCCACUGGUCUCAUAUCGCCCGGAGUUUCGGUGCCAAUCGCCGUACCUGGACACACGGCCGACCUGUCCUCGCAGUACUGGCCACGCUUGCAGUGACAUCAGCUUGUCAAGAUAUAACAACAACGACAAUAAUUCGAUAAUCAGACACGCGUACACGAGUAAUAUAUCAUCAAUGAUUGUAUUAAUAAUAAUGGUGUCAACGUUUAUUUCGAUAUUUCGGACGUG